UUCUUUGCAGCAGGAUCUUUCCCACCAGCGUCGUUUCACCAAUUUUGGCGGCUGUGCGGAAAAUAUGGCGGAAGAUUUGAAAGAUUGCAGGGUGCCCUGUAAGAUGUCCUGUCAUGAGCUGGAAGCCCUUUGUCGCAAAAAGAGGCUCCACUGUAAACAGCUUGGAGUGAAUAGAGCAAACAUCAAUGAAUAUGAGGUGGAAUUCCUCUGUGACUACAAGAAGAUUAAGGAAGAGGAGUUCUACCUGGUAAAGUGGAGGGGCUUCCCAGAGUCUGAUAAUACUUGGGAACCUAAGAAGAACCUCAAAUGCGCCAAAUUGGUGAAGCAGUUCCAUCUGGAUCUGGAUCAGUUGCUGAAGUUCCACAAGAGACGCUGCACCCCUAAAAAGCUGGAAAAGGAGGUUGCCACAAUCCUUUUUCAGAAAGCCAAACUUCGUCAGAGUUUGCAGAGCUGGGAGGAUCAUUUGAAUCAGACUCGCAACCACCCAGGUUGCAUUUUUGUUAGAAAUGAAGUUGACCUUGAGGGGCCCCCAAAAAACUUCACCUACAUCAACAACUACAAAGUAGGCCAGGGUAUUGUAUUAGAUGAGAUGGCUGUGGGUUGUGAGUGUAAGAACUGUUUAGAGGAGCCAGUGAAUGGCUGCUGCCCUGGAGCUUCUUUGCACCGCAUGGCCUACAGCGAUAAAGGGCAGGUCCGGAUCCGCGCAGGACAGCCCAUCUACGAGUGUAACUCUCAAUGUAGUUGUGGUCCUGACUGUCCCAACAGAGUAGUGCAGAAGGGCAUCCAAUUUGACCUGUGUAUUUUUAAGACUGAGAACGGCCGGGGAUGGGGUGUCCGCACACUGCAGCAUAUCAAGAAGAACACAUUUGUCAUGGAGUAUGUGGGAGAGAUCAUCACAACUGAUGAAGCAGAGAGGAGGGGUCAUGUUUAUGACCGGCAAGGCUCUACAUACCUGUUUGACCUGGACUAUGUGGAGGAUGUGUACACAGUGGAUGCAGCUUACCAAGGCAACAUCUCUCACUUUGUCAACCACAGUUGUAACCCCAACCUGCAGGUAUUCAAUGUAUUCAUCGACAACAUCGAUGAAAGGCUCCCUAGAAUCGCUUUAUUUUCAACACGGGCUAUUCGGGCUGGAGAGGAGCUCACCUUUGACUACAAAAUGCAAAACCUUAUAACUGAGGAAGAACUAUGCAUGAGUGAAGUUGUGUGUGACCUUCUAUACUUCUAUGACAUCAUCUGGCAAAGGUGCUGCAUUGACCAGUCAUGUACAGGGGACGAUCAGGACAUGGACACCCAUGGGAGAAGACACUUUUGUUACCUUGCUAACAUUAGCAUUCACUGCUAGUCACUCCAGUUUGGGCCACAGUUGACACAUCAUAACGACACACCAUGCAUUUUUGUUAGUACUGGGUGGUGUUUUUUUAAUCUAUCAGUGCGACACACUGGUGGUAGAAUCGGUGCUCACAACAUGCAUAUUAUGUUUAAAUUAAAGUGCAGAUGCUUGUAUAGUGCUUAACUGGAAAUAUGCAGAGAUAGUAACUGUGCACCCAUAUUAUAAUUUGGAUAGUAAAUGGUGUUGUGUGCUCUUGUUGCUCUCUGCGGAUGUUUCCUAAGAUCAUGGGAUGUAUUAAGGAGAAAACACAGGAAAGGACGUCUUAUUUCUCUUAAUUACUCUAACUGGUGCAGUAAUUAUUUUCUUCUGGUAUCAUAAUGACAGAAUGACCAGCAUCACUUCUAGCACUGUUAAAACUAAAA